GCAGCGCGGCGCAGAACUGCGGGCGCUCGCCCAGGCUACUCUUGUGCGGAUCCGUCUUGCUAGCUCCUAGCUCCGCAGGCUGCCUGCGAGUUCUGACUGCUGCGCCCGCUACCCAAGGCGAAGGCAGGAGCUGGCUCUAGGCUCAGUGGCCAGCGCAGCUCUCGGAACAUGGCAAUCUGUGUGAGGCUCGCCCUGGAAGGAAGCAACUUCAUUCACUGCGAUGCCUAAGAAUCAAGUGUGACGUUUCUCCGGUGCUUCAUGCUGUCCUCCUCCAUCUGCUGCACGUGGCUCCUGAAACAUGGGGGAAAACGAGGACGAGAAGCAGACCCAGGCCGGGCAGGUUUUUGAGAACUUCGUCCAGGCUUCCACCUGCAAAGGCACCCUCCAAGCCUUCAACAUCCUCACACGGCACCUGGACCUCGACCCUCUGGACCAUAGAAACUUCUAUUCCAAGCUCAAGUCCAAAGUGACCACCUGGAAGGCCAAAGCCUUGUGGUACAAAUUGGACAAGCGUGGAUCCCACAAAGAAUAUAAGCGAGGAAAGUCGUGUAUGAACACCAAGUGUCUCAUCGUUGGGGGAGGACCAUGUGGCUUGCGCACUGCCAUUGAACUUGCCUACCUGGGGGCCAAAGUGGUCGUGGUGGAGAAGAGGGACACAUUCUCCCGGAACAACGUGCUGCACCUCUGGCCUUUCACAAUCCAUGACCUGAGGGGCCUGGGAGCCAAGAAGUUCUAUGGGAAGUUCUGUGCUGGCUCCAUCGACCAUAUCAGUAUUCGUCAGUUACAGCUCAUCCUAUUCAAGGUGGCCCUGAUUUUGGGAGUUGAAAUCCAUGUGAAUGUGGAGUUUGUAAAGGUUCUAGAGCCUCCUGAAGAUCAAGAAAAUCAGAAAAUUGGCUGGCGAGCAGAAUUUCUCCCUGCAGACCACCCUCUGUCGGAAUUUGAAUAUGACGUCAUCAUUGGUGCCGAUGGCCGCAGGAACACACUGGAAGGGUUCAGGAGAAAAGAAUUCCGUGGGAAGCUGGCCAUCGCCAUCACCACCAACUUCAUAAACAGAAACAGCACGGCUGAGGCCAAGGUGGAAGAGAUUAGUGGCGUGGCUUUCAUCUUCAAUCAGAAAUUUUUCCAGGACCUUAAGGAAGAAACAGGGAUUGACCUGGAGAACAUUGUUUACUAUAAGGACUGCACCCACUAUUUUGUCAUGACCGCCAAGAAGCAGAGCCUCCUGGACAAAGGCGUCAUCAUCAACGACUACAUCGACACGGAGAUGCUGCUGUGCGCAGAGAACGUGAACCAGGACAACCUGCUUUCCUACGCCCGCGAAGCUGCGGACUUCGCCACCAAUUACCAGCUGCCAUCUUUAGAUUUCGCCAUGAACCAUUACGGGCAGCCCGACGUGGCCAUGUUCGACUUCACCUCCAUGUACGCCUCAGAGAAUGCAGCCCUGGUGCGGGAGCGUCGGUCACACCAGCUGCUCGUGGCUCUGGUGGGCGACAGCUUGCUUGAGCCCUUCUGGCCCAUGGGCACAGGCUGUGCCCGCGGCUUCCUGGCUGCCUUCGACACGGCGUGGAUGGUGAAAAACUGGGACCAGGGCACUCCUCCCCUGGAGCUGCUGGCUGAAAGAGAAAGUCUUUACCGGCUGUUACCUCAAACGACCCCAGAGAAUAUCAACAAGAACUUCGAUCAGUACACGUUGGACCCAGGCACACGGUACCCAAACCUCAACUCCCACUGUGUCCGGCCCCAUCAGGUGAAGCACUUGUACAUCACUACGGAGCUGCACCAGUUCCCCCUCAAGAGGCUGGGCUCAAUGAGGAGAUCUGUGGGCCUCUCCAGGCGCGAGUCAGACAUCCGGCCCAGCAAGCUCUUAAAUUGGUGCCAGCAGCAGACCGAGGGCUACCAGCACGUCCACGUCACUGACCUGACCACCUCCUGGCGGAGCGGCCUGGCCCUGUGUGCCGUCAUCCACCGCUUCCGGCCUGAGCUGAUCAACUUUGACUCUUUGAAUGAAGAUGACGCUGUGGAGAACAACCAGCUGGCGUUUGAUGUGGCCGAGCGUGAGUUUGGCAUCCCCCCAGUGACCACAGGCAAGGAGAUGGCAUCAGCUCAGGAGCCUGACAAGCUCAGCAUGGUCAUGUACCUCUCCAAGUUCUACGAGCUCUUCCGGGGCACCCCGCUGAGGCCUGUGGACUCUUGGGGCAAAAACUAUGGAGAAAAUGCUGACUUCGGCGUGGCCAAAUCAUCCCUCCCUCACAACUAUCUCAACCUCACGUUUCCAAGGAAGAGGACCCCACGGGUGGACAGCCAAACCGAGGAGAAUAAUGACAUGAACAAGCGGAGGCGGAAAGGCUUCAACAACCUGGAUGAGCCUUCCACCUUUUCCAGCCGGAGUCUGGGCUCCAGUCAAGAGUGUGGCAGCAAUAAAGAAGGUGGCAAUCAGAACAAAGUCAAGUCCAUGGCAAGCCAGCUGCUGGCCAAGUUUGAGGAGAGCUCUCGGAACCCUUCACUCCUGAAGCAGGAAGUCAGCGUCUCGGGGAUAGGUAAGCCUGUCCUGCGCUCGUCCUCUGACCCUCCUGUUAACUCUCGCUGUCUCGAGCCAGAAGAGCCCACGAACAGCCCAUCACCUCCUCUGAAAAGGCAGUUCCCCACGGUGGUUAUGACGGGGCAUGUGCUCCGAGAGAUAAACCAAGUGUCUGCUGGUGGAGGGUGCCCGAGCCGGCCCUGGAGAGCCAGAGCCAAGUCUGACCUGCAGCUGGGGGGGCCAGAAAACCGCGCUGCCCCUCCUCCUUCCCGCCAGGGGGCACUGGCCCUCUCCGGGGUGCUGCGGAGGCUGCAGCUAGUGGAGGAAAAGAUUCUCCAGAAGAGGGCUCAGAACUUGGCCAACAGGGAAUUCCACAAAAAGAACAUUAAGGAGAAGGCGGCUCACCUUGCCUCCAUGUUUGGUCAUGGAGAUUUCCCACAGAAUAAGUUACUCUCUAAAGACCUGUCUCAAUCUCACCCUCCGUCUCCUCCCUCCUGCCUUCCAUCUCCCGGUCCAGCUGCCACUUCCUCUCCAUCGACUGUUGACUCUGUUUCUCCUGCCAGAAAGCUGACGGUAGGGAAAGUGUCCAGCGGAAUAGGGGCUGCAGCUGAAGUCCUGGUCAAUCUGUACAUGAAUGAUCACAGACCUAAGGCCCAGGCUACCUCUCCAGACCUGGAAACGAUGCGAAAGGCAUUUCCCCUGAACCUGGGUGGCAGCGACACCUGCUACUUCUGUAAGAAGCGCGUGUACGUGAUGGAGCGGCUCAGCGCAGAGGGCCACUUCUUCCACCGGGAGUGUUUCCGCUGCAGCGUCUGUGCCACCACCUUGCGCCUGGCUGCCUACGCCUUUGAUGUUGACGAAGGCAAGUUCUUCUGCAAGGCUCAUUUCAUUCACUGUAAAACCAAUAGCCAGCAACGAAAGAGGCGGGCAGAGUUGAAGCAACAAAGAGAGGAGAAGGAGAUGUGGAAGGAGCAAGAAGCCCCUCGGCCAGACCCUCCCACGGAAAGCUCCUGUGCAGCCGCCGCGCUCGGCCCGCCGGCGGGCAGCCCCCCAGCAGAUGAGCCCACCUCCCCCAAGAAGCCCAAGAGCGUCCAGGAGCCGGAGCUUGGUGAUGGGGAAGGCAAAGCCACCUCUCCCCCACCUGCCGAGUGGACCUCCGUGAGGAUCAGCCCCGGGGAGGAUGUGGCCGGGCAGGACGUGCUGGCUGUGUGUGUCCUCGUCACCAGUGACGACAGCAGCUCGGACGAAGAGUCGGACCCUGGUGGCGGCAGCAGCAGCGAGGCCUCCACCGCACAGCCCUGUGAGGAAAGACCCCCUCGGCCAGAACCCGCCCCCCUGACGCAUCCCCUCACUCGCCACAGCUCCCUGAGGGAGGCCCAGACCAGGACAUUCUCGGCCCAGAGCCCCGAGGAGCCCAGAGCUCUGCAUGCUCUGCAGCGGGCCAGCAGCUUCCAGUCUCCCUCUCCCAGCAGAUACCAGAACUGGAGAAGAAAAUUCCAGUCGAGUUUGACGCCAGUGAACCACACAAGAACUGCGUCACCUCCACGGGAAGCUUCCCCUUCUGCUUCUCCUUCCUCGUCCUCUUCUGCCACGACGUCCCCAGCGUCCUCCUUGGGCAGCGUCACAGGCAGUGCUUCGGACGGUUCCUCCCUGCCCCAGCAGGUCUCAAGAGGUCAUUUCAGUCCUACCCCAACCUUUCUGAGGCGAGCCGGAGCCCAAGAAGCACCCACGAAAAUCCCUCUAUAUCUGCCUCACGGUCGGGUGCUGGAGCGGGCAGAAUAUUGCCCCGUGAGGCCUGGUGCAGAGGGCCUUGCAGGCCCCAGGCCACCCAGCCCUGCAGAGAUGGCCUCCGAUGGCUGUCAGGACCCCAGGAGCAUCCACAGAGGCCCACACGUCCUUGCAAGGAAGGAUGGGUGCUUGCCAGACCCAGAGCUGCCUCCCAGGGCUGGAGAGAACUCAGGGGAAGGCAAUGCUGAUGCCCAGAAGGGAGAGGAGGGUGGGUCAGAGCUGGCAGAGGGCAAGAAGUUGGGCUUGAAGAAGUUGGCGCUCACUCAGGAGCAGAAGACCAGGCUGCUGGAUUGGAGUGACUUCAAACCCCAGAGCCUGCACAUGGAAGGUGGGCCGCAACUCUCCCAGAAGAGUGCUGAGAACGGUAGAGGAGGCCGAGUGCUGAAACCAGUCCGCCCCUUGGUGCUCCCCAGGGCGGGGAGAGAGACCCCUCCAGCCCCGGCGGAGGCUCAGGAGAAGGAGGGGACCCCAGCUGAAAGGACUCCAGGGGAGCGAAGCGUGGCUCCCCCCAAGUCCCCACUGAGGCUCAUUGCCAAUGCCAUCCGAAGGUCGCUGGAGCCCCUCCUCCCCAACUCCGAAGGUGGGAGGAGGCCCUGGACCAAACCGGAAUCACCGGCUUUGCCCACCGGCCAGCCACAAGCUUGCCUUCGCUCAUUCAGCCUUCGGAAAACCAGCCCCAGUAAAGACGGGGACCAGCAGGCCCCCAGGAGAGACAUGGCAAGCAGGGCCUCAGCGCUUUUCUCCCUCGGCACCCUGCCCCCCAGAGCUGCCCAGACCUCCGCCCCUGGCCUUCCUCACCCUGCCCUCCGCUCCCGCAGUUUGCCCAGCCGGUCUUCCAGGACGUUCCCUGCGUUCCCGUCCCCGCCCUGCAACAAGAUGGAAGAUGUCCCCGUGCUCCUUGAGAGAGUAAGUCUGCAGGAGACCUUCCCAGAUGCUUCCAGGAGUCCGAAGAAAAAAAUCUCACUCUUCUCGGCUCUCGGACUCAAAGACAAACCCUCUGAGAGCCCCCUCCAAGACUCCAGACAAAGAAAGGACCUCCGUGACCUCUUUAGCCUCCCCAAGGGGAAGGUGCUGCCUAUGGACCAUGCCCCGGCCCUGGAGAAGCAGGUGCCACCUGUCGGCCACCUGGGGCAGCGGGCCGGUCCUCCUUCUCCAGAGCUCAAUGCAAGUCCCAAGCACAUCCCCAGCAGGGCGCAGGUGACAGGGGCUGCCUCUUCCACCUCCUCCUCUUCUGCAGACGAAGAAUUUGAUCCCCAGCUUUCCUUGCAGUCGAAGGAGAGGAAGAUGCUUAGAAGAAGAAGGAAGCUGGAAAAAGCAACACAACAAUUGGUUAAGCAAGAAGAACUGAAAAGACUUCAUAAAGCUCAGGCCAUCCAGAGGCAGCUACAGGAGGUGGAGGAGCGGCAGAGGGCCUCUGAGAUCCAGGGCGUGAGGCUGGAGAAGGCGCUGCGAGGAGAAGCAGAUUCAGGCACACAGGAUGAAGCACAGCUUUUGCAGGAAUGGUUUAAGCUGGUUCUGGAGAAGAAUAAAUUAAUGCGAUAUGAGUCGGAGCUACUGAUCAUGGCUCAAGAAUUAGAAUUGGAAGAUCACCAAAGCAGACUGCAGCAGAAAUUAAGAGAGAAAAUGCUCAAGGAGGAGAGCCAGAAAGAUGAGAACGAUCUAAAUGAGGAGCGAGAAAUAUUCACCGAGAUGAUGCAAGUGAUCGAGCAGAGGGACAAACUCGUGGAUUCCUUAGAGGCACAACGCAUAAAAGAGAGGGCUGAAGACCAGCACUUUGAAAGCUUCAUAUUCUCCAGGGGCUGUCAGCUGAGCAGGACGUGAGCAGGGGCUCUGUCCCUCGAAGCCAGCCAAGGACCAGACCCGGCUACCACACCCGCCGCACACACUCCUGUGUCCUUUUGCAGGAUUUGUCAUCCCUGAAACUUAAGUUAUACCAUAUGCAAUAUGUUUUAAAAAACUGAAAUUCUCUUAUAUAUGCUAUAGCUGCCCCAGAUCCUCCCAGAGAUCAUAAUGAAGAAAAUACAAAGAUGCUUUUGAAACCGGCCGUCAGCUUCAGCAGGUCUCUCUGGUUGGAGGUGACCUUGGCAGAGGACCGGCAUUGCUUUCCCUAGAAAUGACACAGAGAUUGACUUUCCUUCUGCUUUUUAUCAUUUCUCAGCCCAAUUCAUUGAGUUACACAUCUUAAGAUUUUUAAGAAGCUGCCUUUUCAUUAAUAUAUCCAUAUUUGCCCUUUUUAAUUUUUUUUUGCACGGAUGACUGGUUUCCAAAUGUCAGAAGGAAGCAGCAGCAGUUUAAAGAUUAGGUUAAUACUUACACUGUGUUUCCAGAGAAAGAGGGGAAACCAUGAGAUUGCUGAUUAUACAGAGCAAAUAACUCACAUAGCAGGUGUUAAUUCAAUCCAGGGUGAAUUUCAUUUACCAGGUGUAUUUAUAAGCCUUAAUAUAAUAUACAUAAGCAAUGAGAGUUUAAUAGGACAUUUGAGCCUUAAUUUUAUUAAAAAAAGAAAGAGAGAAAGGAAAUAAAACUUUAACUUUAUACCAGCAAGAUCAUUAGUUUUCACCAAAUACUGUUGGCUUAGAAAAGCUUUAUAUUCUCUGAGUACUGUCCUUGUGGCCCCUGGAACAUACUGGAAAGUGUUUUUUAGGAAAUGAAUAAUUUUCAAACAACUGUUGGACAUGGCAAACAGAGAAACUCUUCCAUUCGUUGAUAAAAUAUGGGUGAGGUUGGUGCUGCUGUAGAAAUGAACGCGCCAGUGAUGCCAGGUAAGCAAUGUGUUCCAGUGGUGGUCUUCUUAGCCCAGCACAGAGGGGACUGCGAGACUCUGCGGGGGUUGCCCAGGAACCCCACAGGACAAGGACAAAACCACUUCCGACUUCAGGGUGAAGCUGAGUGCAGUGACCCCAUUUACCAAAUUCCAAAUGGGGUCAUGGAUCUUUUUCAAUGACAUUUUCAAUGUACAGGAAAGCUGGGAGGUGGAUUUUGUUCACUGAUGUGAAAUUCCUGGGAUGUUUUGAUAGUUCACAUGGAACCAAAGAAAAGAUUUUGAGUGGGAAUCUGUGGUCGUAAAGUAUUUUAUUAUUUUCCCUUUAUGGGAUUCUUUGAAGAUUCUGGCUGCUGUUGGUGAGAGACAGACUGAAGAACCCUUUGCUGUUGUAUGUUUGGCCUCUCUCAUUUCUCCAAGUGCUUAAAUAUGUCACUGGACGUAAGGGGCUUUGCAAAAGUUGGUUCGGACUUCCCUCAGUGUAAGUGACCCAUGAACCGCUUCCGUCUGAGUUCCCCAAUGCGGCCCUCUGAUGAGCCAGAAAUCAGAACUGUAACCGGAUUUCCUGAGUCAGAUGACGUUUCGGGUUAUAUCAAAUGCAAUCUUUCCAUGGCAUAGCAAGUUCCUAAGGCUGUAGGGUUUUUUCCUUCUCUUUCCAUCUUUCUUUCCAUCUU